AUGCCUGGUAAUUAUCCAAAAACAGACGAAGAGCGUCGUGCUGCUGCUAUUAGAUAUGGACUUAGACCUGAAGAUUACUCGCCCUAUCCUCCUGACGAUGUAAAAAAUCAUGUUGGAGAUUAUCCAAAUCCUGGAAUUGUUACUGCUGAACAUAGAGAUCCAUACGACUAUUAUAGCGAUUUUCAUCAACGUCGUAAUUGGAAUGAACCUGUAAUGAGACAAGCAAUGCGUUUUCGUGUUGAACGGUGUACUUUUACUGGCUUGAAGGACGACGAUUAUUUACUGUUUGUUUUUUUUGAUUCUUUAAAAUGA